GCCGGGUCACGUUACCGAGGAGGGAGAGAGAGAGAGAGCGAGAGCGAGUCCGUGUGAAUUCACUGAGCUCCUUCCCGUCGAGUCACAAGCUCCUUGCACUUUCGACUAAAUAUUAGUCAGAGUUGACGGGAAAGCAGAACUAGUCAGACGACAGCCGGGAGUCUUUAACCAGCACCGAACACAGUGCGGAGGACACACACACACACACACACACACAGCCGUAAUCUAAGCACAAGAGCUGGAUGGAUUUAAGAGUCUGCCAACGACAUGGACAUUGAAUAUUAACAGCAUCCGUUUUGAGUCGAGACGACGAAGAAGUCAUGGAUGCAAGCUGGAAAAACUCCUUGGAAGAGGAGCUCCUGUGUCCCAUCUGCCUGAAUGUCUUUGAAGAACCAAUCCAGCUGCCGUGCAAGCACAACUUCUGCAAAACUUGCAUCUCAGAGGCCUGGUCCGGUGUCAUCAGCACUGGGAUCCGAUGCCCAGAGUGCAACCAUGAAUACAACCAGAAACCCACGCUGGACAAAAACUUCAAGCUCGCCAACAUUGCCAAUCGGUUCAACGCACUGAACACAGAGAAGGUCCCCGUUGUGCUGCAGUGUGUCCUCUGUAGACGAGGUCCCCCGCUGCCUGUGAGGAAGGUCUGUCUGCGCUGCAAGGAGCCCUGCUGCCAAACCCACAUCCACAUGCACCUACAGCAGCCUUGCGCAGCCCCGGGACACCUGUUAGUGGACGCUGACGAGCUGAGUGCUUGGACCUGCCCCACACAUGAGGAGUACAGGAUACUGCACUGUGAAGAAGAGCAGGUGGCUCUGUGUCCUCUGUGCUGCAUCUCCCACUGCUCUAAAAAAAGACACCCAGUCCGUGAUGUGGAUACGAAACAUAUACAAGUGCAGGCCAUGCUAAUGAAACAGCAAGGCAAACUGGAGGGUCGUGUCCAGAUCAUAGAUGAGCAGAUCACCAAGCUGGAGACAGACGGGACACUGAUGAAGGACGCAGUGUCUGAACUGAAGGAGCGUGUGAGAGCCCAGUAUCAGAGGAUGCAUGCGCUGCUGGAAGCCAAACAGGCUGAAGCCAUGCAGAUGCUGGAGAGCACAUGCACCAUGUAUGAGAGGAGAAACUCCCAUCAGGCUCUGCAGCUCAAAGACCGCCGUCACGAGACGGAGAAGCUUCUGAGCAUGAUACACACAUUGUUCCAAAGAUCAGAAAGCAUUAACUGUGUAAAGAAUACAAAACCAUACAAGCUGCUACUAGACAGGUCAAACUCUCACCUGAGUAGUGCCAUCCCUCCAGUCAGACUGGGCCAGAUCAGCUCCCAUGAAUUGCUGUCAGACCUUUCAGUCAGAGAGAAGGAGUUGAGGAAAACCCUGGAAGAACCGUUCAAAGAGGCUACCAUUCUUGAGUUUUUCCAGCCUCAGAGCAGGUCUGCUGGCUCCCAAACAGAGAACCGCUCAGUGCUAAAGAAAAGGAAAUGCAGCAUGAGCUUCGUGGAAAGCGAUACAGAGAACUCCACCUCCCAGGAUCAUCUGCACUCCAGCAGCAAAAAACCCUUCCUCCACCGUGCUUUAUCCAUGUACUCCACUGAAUUCCUCUCCCAGAAUCCUCACGCUGGCCCUGGCCACAGUCAGCCCCUUGACCCUCCAGCCCAUCCAGCUGUGGUUCUUGGAUCCUCCUCUAGCCAACACUCAGGGACUGUUUUCCCCUCCUCCCACUUCCCUGGUGGAGGGGCCUCGACACAAGCCAUGUACGAAGGGCGCAACGUCCUGAUGUGCACACAGAAUAACUGCUGCUAUUCCAGGGCCUCAGCCGCCCGUGUCCAGCCUCCGUACCCAGCAUCAGACUCCUUCCCCUCCAGGACCUCUCAGGAGUUUCCUGCACAUGUCCCACUAUCUGCGAGCCAGCCACUGCAGCAUUAUCCCAUCAGAGGACUGAUGGAAACCUCCCAGACUGCCAGGCACCCCGACUUCUACAGUCCGUAUGGACAGUCUUUAGACAGACUGGUUUUUUAAACAAAUAAUAAACCAGAGUCGUCAAAGAAAAAUAGAAUUUUCUUUUUUGUUCAUUUCCAUUUUGGUUAAGACAGAUGUUGUACACCUCCCCACUCCUGCCCUAUUUUGGGAAACCAUGCCCUGUAAAAUUUUGUAGCUCUGUUUACUUUAUGAAUCACUGUCACGGCAGUCAUGUUUUUUUUUGAAAUUGUAUUUAUUUUGUGUUUUAAUUUGACUGGAAGUGCUAAUGUGAACAAUAUAUUCUUAAAGUAGUGAACUCAAAUACGACAUAUCCUUCAUUACAAAUCCUGACAUGGGAUUCCAGAGACUCUAGUGCCUAAAAAGACUCUUGAUUAUUUCCUGUUUGCGGCUGAAAGUGAGCAGGGAGCCUCCCUGUGCCCUCCAAAGUCCAUGUGGCUUUUAAAAAACACACUGGGCUGCGACUGCUUGUCAGGUUUUUCAUGGAUUUCUUUUUUUUAUAUGAGAUAAUAAAUAAACCAAAACCAGUGAAAAAUACUGAAUAAACAAGCAUAUUGAAUUACACUUGUGUGCUGCAUUUAAAGCACUGGCUCACAGGAUUGAAUGUAACCUUCAUGUCAGGUGAUAGAUGCUAUUGCUAUUUUAAACCUAUUUUAUUAUAGUCUGAGGUCUGUCCGUGCUGAGGAGCACAUCAUAAUGUGACUUGUUUGAAGAAAGAGGUUUUACGGGUUUGACUCACUGGGUUACAGUUGAAAUGCUAGAGCUUCCUGUAAAAACAGAAAGAAAGAAAACACGAGUUAUUUCAGUGCAUCCCACCCUGAAAUUCACGGAGCGGCUAUUCAUAGUUUAAGGCCUGUAGAUGGAAAAGAGGGACACUGGAUGAACCACAUGAUUGGGAUCUGCUGCAGUUAGAGGAAAUCUCAGAAUGCGCUUGUUUGGACAAUGUUUUGUUAAGGACCAGUGCCGUUCACUCCCUUGUCAACAUCCUGGUCUCUGGCAAAGUCUCAUCCCUUUUUUCAUCUAAUUAUUGGAGCUGGUUGUCAAGUUAGGUCAGAGAACAGGAAUAACUGAUGAAUAAGCACCUCCCUCUCCUCUCUCCUCUCGUCGUAUCACUUGCAUGGGCUCGAUGCGGAGGAGGAGGAGGAGGAGGACAAGGAGGAGGGUCAGAGCGGCGGAUGAUAUAAGCGCAGAGUUUUAAUGAGGGCUGCAACAGUAUAGUCAUCUACUCAUCUGUCAGUCAUAGGCUUUUCAUCAUCAUCGUUGUCCCCCUCCCCCCCCAAACCCAGGGUGAGACUGUGAGAUGGAGGGGGCGGAGUGAAGGGAUGAGAGGGAGGGAGAGCAGUAAAGGAGUGGGAUGGUGAGUGGGGAGACAGAGAGCAAGUGAGGCGCAUCACUUAUUUAUGGGUAAUAAAAUGUUCUGCCCUCCUG